GCCUAUCGCCAAAGACGAUUACUCCAGCCCUGGACCAAAGAUGCCAUGCCUCGACAUCGCAGCAGGAGGCUGUCAAAUGGGGGGAGGGGAAAGCCAUCCCUCUGUUGCCAGCUGCCAGGCCAUGCAACUUCAGCCAAUAUGCCUGCAAAUGCCCGCCCUGAUGUCCUCUCUAGCAAAUAGCACACUCAACACUGACUGGACCCCAGUCGGGAAGGCCCUCACACUAACAGACUCGCAGGGAUGGCACAUGCCGACCCCUCGGCUCACCACGCCCCAUUGUACUGAUCGGAUCACAACCCACAACUGACUGAGCUGUCAGUCUGUGCUGCAUGCAACUGUGCCGACAACCCCAAGUAAUCUUGAGGGGCACAACUCAGCCACACGCCUCUCAGCACCAACCGCCCCGCAGCAACACCCACCAAUUUACAGCAAGUCCUCAGCAUUAUCAACUAUCUCAUAACUAAGUGGGCGCUCUGGAGGCCCAGGCCAGCCACGCCGCUCAGCAGCAGUGUCUCAGGGGCCCAAUGGAUUGUAAGCCCUUGCCCAUCACCACAACGUACAACUAAAAACCAUGCGCGGCUCCAAAAUUCAGGGCGGGAAGCGUCAGCGCCGAGCCAAAACACCGCAGCGCACCGGGGCCGGGCUGUGCUCCACAGUCGUCCCCAAUUCCCUUACACGAGCAUGCAUUCU